UGACAAGUCGUUUGGAGAUUUUCGGAGCGAUAGUUUUAUGAUAAUUAUAGCAAAAGUAGCAAAAUAAUGAAAAUAGUGUAGUGACCGGUAAACCUUUUAGAUUCUAAAAUGUCUGUGCACUGGAAUACUAAUCAACAAUCCCAAUGUUCGGAGAUAGCAAAAUGGGAGUACCGCGAACUUCAGGCAACGGCUAUGUCCGUGGAUUAUACGGGCAAUAAUGUGCUUCUGGCAGGGCGAAGGUGGCUGGCUAUCAAACAGAUCAGCCUUGAAGAGGACGCUGGAGACAUAGUGAAGAAAUAUCCGCGCCACAGCAAGUACGAUGCUGCCGGUGCGGAGUGGUGUCAGACUUACCAAGGGCAGAAACUGUGCGCAAUUGCUAGUAACCAACGAGUUGAUGUGUAUGAAUGGCGCGGCGGCAACGACCUGACAUGUAUAUGUUCACUACGAGGACACACUCGCGUUGUUAGCGACACGCACUUCCACAGACAAGACCAUAACCUGAUAGCCACCUGCUCCAUAGACACAUUCACUCAUCUGUGGGAUCUACGGGAUGCUAGGAAGCCUGUUGUCUCACUAUGUGCUGUUGCUGGAGCUUCUCAGGUGCAGUGGAACAAGGUGGCCACACAUAUAGUAGCCACAGCACAUGAUGGUGACAUAAAGAUUUGGGACUACCGCAAACAUACAGCGCCCAUUCAUUACAUUUCAGCACAUUUGUGCAAAAUUCAUGGAGUCGAUUGGAGCCCACACCAUGAGUAUCAGCUGGUUACCUCCAGCCAUGACGGCAGUAUAAAAUACUUUGACAUAAACAAUGCAAGAAGACCAGAAAACAUUAUAAUGACAAACUUUCCUGUGUGGAGAGCUAUUUACACACCAUUUGGUAGUGGAUUGUUAACUAUAGGAGUAGGAUGGGGAGGAUUACCUAGAGCUGAACAGGCAGGUGUUAUUGGUAUUUGGGUGGGAGGAGCAUUGACUCAUAGAUUGGUUGGACACACAGAUACUGUUCAGACUAUGGUGUGGAGGCCAAACACCUCACCUGGUAACUACCAACUGGUGACAUGGGGCAGGGAUCAGUCACUCAGAGUAUGGGCAAUGCAAUCUUCCCUUUUAAAGAUGUGUAAUCACUAUUUACCUGAUGACUCAGAGCAUGAAGAAGAUAAUAGUGAUGCUGCCAGCUAUGGUUCACUUAAUGAGCUCUCUAAUGAUAAUAAAGGUCAAGACAUUCAACUGAACAAAUUAACUCACAAAAGUACCACUUCUAUUGAUGAAGAAUUUGAGUCCAUUCGUGAAAUGGCUAAUAUAGAAGUUACUGAUAUGAACAUAGACACUCGUACUUGUCAAAUACAUUCUGAACGAAACGGGUACACUGCCAACUUACAAGUGACUUUCCCAAAGAAUGUUACCGAACAAACUAUACCAAAGUUCUCUUGGCUGUCAGGCACAAAUGUAGAUGGUCCUACAACUAUCAAAAUAUUGCAAGCUAUCAACAGAACUGCUUAUCGUAAGAAGAAAGAAGGUCACAGAUGUUUGCUACAUUGUUUGAAGACUUUAGCUACGUCAAUUGAUGAGAUACCGGUGAAAUCAAGUGACGAUUCUGACUCAAUGAAAUCUAGUCAAAGGAGUCAAUCAGAGAGCGAGAACGCUGGGGACUCAUGUAUCCCUUUUCCUCGAACUUGUGGUGCUAAAUGGUGCGGCGUCAGUACUUUAGUUGUGUUCAAUCGCCCACCGAACACUAGAAGAUUGUCUUUGAAACACGAGACUGGUACUCCGCGGUCUAUGUCGUCUUUAUCGCUAACACCUGGACUGUUUGGUGCCGGAUACAGCUCAGUAUCGCCGCAUGCAACCACGACCCCAUCCCCUACAAACGCACCGGGCUUCCCACAGAUGCAUUUACGACAUUUAUCCAAUUCAAUUACGACAUUCUAUUUCCAGGAUCGAUGGAAAGCCCAAGGUCGACGCGCGGGUAGCAUGCGAAGUCGUGGAAGUAUAUCAGGGUGUACUGCACCUAGAGUCGUUCUAUAUGCUGCAACUAAUCUAUUCCUGUUGAAUCGCACACUCGCUGAGAAAUACGUUAUUAAUGCUGAAAAUCCCAUUGAAAUGUGUGCAAAGAACGCGAGAAUAGCUGCGGAUGAAGGCGAGACAGAACUAGCGCAUGCGUGGGGCCUCGCCGAGCUGACGGCGCGGUCGCUGCGGGCGCGCGUCGUCGACCAGCUCACCUCCAGCGAAGAGAGCAUGGGUUGGGUUGGACAUCCUCUAUGUUGUAACCUGCUACAGUCUUUAAUAUCUCACUACGCCAAACAGUCGGACUUGCAGAUGGCAGCUAUGCUAGCAUGUGCAUUCUCAGUCUUCAAUGACACUGGUAACUCUAGUUCACAGUCCACAAUCAGCUCUUCAAGUGGCGGCAAUGGAACAUCUCCAUACAGCACAGGAAACCAGUUCAGCGAAAUCAGCGCAGAUGGUUGGACGCUGCCCAUCGUUCGAAGUACUUCGUGUUCGGAAGCGGAGAACUUUUAUACUGACUCCACUCUCUCAAAGUCUGAACCUGCGUCCGCCUGUGUGUUGGACGAGUCUAUGGUCCACCUGUACCACUGCUUCAAACGCGCAUACGCCGAUGUAUUGCAUCGUUGGCAGCUUUUGUAUAAGAAAACCGAGGUAAUGAAGCUAGUGACAUGCAAGCACGAGAAGUCCCCGCCGCGGCACCUGGGCCCGGAGAUCGCGACGGAGUGCGCGUGGUGCGGGCGCGUGUCGCGCGGCGCGCUGUGCGGCGCGUGCCGGCGGCUGGCGCUGCGCUGCGCCGUGUGCGCGCUGGCCGUGCGCGGCCUGGCCGCCGCCUGCGUCUACUGCGGACACGCGGGCCACGCGCACCACAUGCUCAAGUGGUUCUUACAACGCGACACCUGUCCUACCGGCUGUGGCUGCAAGUGUCUCCUCGAGGGUAACUCUGCGUGGAAAGGGGCCAAAUAUGUAUAGCGCACAAGGUAACUUAUAUCUUAAUAUUAUGCAUGGUAUAAGAAAACC